AUGCCUCCCACCUUUGCAGGCCUGACGGGCAAGAAACUGUCCCUGGCCAUCUCUACAGUCGCAACAACUGGUUUCCUCCUCUUCGGUUACGAUCAAGGUGUCAUGUCUGGAAUCAUUGACGCUGACCCUUUCCAUGACUACUUCCCCGAGACAAAGAACAGCACCAUGCAGGGCUUUGUCACUGCCAUCUACGAGAUUGGAUGUCUGCUCGGUGCCAUGUUUAUUCUCUGGAUCGGUGAUCUGCUCGGUCGUAGAAGGGCUAUGAUCUUGGGUGGUUGGAUCAUGAUUCUCGGCGUCAUCAUCCAAAUCACCGCCAUGAAGGGCCACUCUGCUCUUGCUCAACUCAUCGUUGGUAGAACAAUCACCGGUGUGGGUAACGGUAUCAACACUUCUACUAUCCCUACCUACCAGGCUGAGUGUUCCACCACCUCCAACAGAGGUCUUCUCAUCUGUAUCGAAGGUGGUAUCAUUGCCUUUGGUACCCUUAUCGCCUACUGGAUCGACUACGGCUGCUCCUACGGUCCCCAGGACCUCACUUGGCGUUUCCCCAUUGCCUUCCAGGUCGUUUUCGGUCUUGUCGUCUGCCUCGGCAUGGUCUGGCUCCCCGAGUCACCCCGCUGGUUGCUCACUCACGACCGCCACGAAGAAGCCGAAAAGGUCAUCGCCGCCAUCCGAGGCUUCGAGAUUGACAGCGACGAGACCCGUGCCGAGCGCGACAGAGUUGUCGACUCCAUCCGUGCUUCUGGUUUCGCUGCUCAGAAGAGCACCCCCGUCAAGGCUCUGUUCACCGGUGGAAAGACUCAGCACUUCCGUCGUAUGCUUCUCGGCGCUGGCUCGCAAUUCAUGCAGCAGGUCGGUGGCUGCAACGCUGUUAUCUACUACUUCCCUAUUCUGUGCACCGACAUCUUUGGCGAUAAGAACUUUGCCCUUCUGCUCGGUGGCGUCAACAUGAUUGUCUACUCCAUCUUUGCGACAUCUUCUUGGUUCCUCAUUGAGCGUGUUGGUCGUCGCAAGUUGCUGCUUAUUGGUACCGCUGGACAGAUGCUUUCCAUGUUCUUGACCAUGGGAUUCUUGAUUCCCGGUGGUAGCGACCCUGGUAACAACGCACCUCAAAUCUCCAAGGGUGCCAUCGCUGGUUUGUUUACAUACAUUGCUUCGUUCGGUGCCACCUGGUUGCCUCUUCCCUGGUUGUAUCCCGCUGAGAUCAACCCCCUCAAGACCCGUGGCAAGGCCAACGCUACGUCUACUUGCACCAACUGGCUGUUUAACUUUGUCAUUGUCAUGAUUGUUCCCAUCAUGAUCUCCAACAUCCACUGGGGAACCUACCUUUUCUUCGGUUGUGCCAACGCCACCUUUUUCCCUAUUCUGUACUGGUUCUACCCCGAGACUGCCAACCGUUCUCUCGAGGAGAUCGACAUCAUCUUCGCCAAGGGUUUCGUCGAGCAGAUCUCGUACGUCAAGGCUGCCAAGGAGCUCCCCUUCCUUACUCAAGAGGAGGUCGAGCGCGAAGCUAUCCGUCUUGGACUUGUCGACGAGGCUGGUCGUGGCGGUAUGAUGGAGAAGCCAGGCGAGGAGAGUGGCACUGUCCGCGACGAGUCUGGGUUCAACUCUGAGAAGUCUUGA